UUUCCUGGAGACCUGGUCGCCCAUCACUCUUGAUUCCCACAACUUUGCAAAAACGCCUACCACAAUGUCCAGCUCAAGCUACCCUCCCAACCAAGGAGCGUUCAGCGCGGAGCAGAGCCGUUAUCCGACGCAUUCGGUCCAGUAUACCUUUUCCAGCGGCCGGCACCAGCAGGAAUUUGCGGUCCCGGAUUUCCGUACCUCCCACUUGGAAGUCAGCCAGGGUAGCCAACUUCUGCAGCAACAGCUCCGCCGUCGCCCCUCUUUGCUCUCCGAAUUUCAUCCUGGCUCGGACCGGCCUCAGGAGAGGAGAUCGGGGUACGAGUCCCAGUUCCACGCUGGCCCUUCCCAAGCCGAUCAUGACACGCUGGACUCCAAGCGGCCGCGCCUGGACCAGCUGUCCGAUUCCCAUUACCAGCGGGUCAACGCCACUGCGGUCCUGCCCUUGGCCCAUCAGCUCCAGGAAGGGCUGCGCUCAUCGGACCUGAAGAAGGAUCCAGUCUUUGGAGGCAAGCAUGAAGGCCCUCCGUCGCCCAUGUCGAGCCAGUCGUGCGGAGAGGACCAGAACGCCUCUCCCUCCAAGCUGUCGAAGGAAGAGCUCAUCCAGAGCAUGGACCGUGUCGACCGGGAGAUCGCCAAAGUGGAGCAGCAGAUCCUCAAACUGAGGAAAAAGCAGCAACAGCUGGAGGAAGAAGCGGCUAAACCGCCUGAACCGGAGAAGCCCGUGUCGCCUCCGCCGGUGGAGCAGAAGCACCGCAGCGUCGUCCAGAUCAUCUACGAUGAGAAUCGGACAAGCAAAGUCUGGAACCAGGUGAUGAGAAAGAAGCUGAUUUUGUUUUUCAAGAGACGGAAUCAUGCCAGGAAACAAAGGGGUUGGCCAAAGAGGAACUGGCCUUUCAGCCACCAUCGCUCGGAGUGAGCACGAAAUCUCCGAGAUCAUCGACGGGCUGUCGGAACAGGAGAACAACGAAAAACAGAUGCGCCAACUGUCCGUCAUUCCUCCCAUGAUGUUCGAUGCCGAGCAGAGACGCGUGAAGUUCAUCAACAUGAAUGGGCUGAUGGAAGACCCCAUGAAGAUCUACAAGGAUCGGCAGUUCAUGAACGUCUGGACCGACCACGAGAAGGAGAUCUUCAAAGAAAAUAUCAAGGAAAAGGAGAAGAUCGAAGCUCAGCCCGAGGAGUCCGAGGAGCGGGAGGUCACAGCUCCGAGGGGGCGUAAGACGGCCAACAGCCAAGGCCGACGGAAGGGCCGGGUCACCCGAUCGAUGACGAACGAAGCCGCGGCGGCAAACGCGGCCGCAGCGGCCACCGCUGAAGAGCCGCCCCCUCCUUUGCCACCCCCGCCCGAACCUUGUAAGUCAAGGGGGUCCCGAGAACGGCCCAUCACCACCUCGGUCGAUAUCUCUGUUUCUCCCGCAAUGUGCCUUCUGCCAAUCCUGUUUCUUGGUUCCCACAAUUCUUCCCGUGAUGCGCUUGAGUUCGGGAAGCGGUACAGGUCCGUCCUCGGCUUACGAGCAUGACGUUGCUAAGUGAGAGACCUGUCGAGGGAGCUUCCCCUCCCCUCCCACUCCACGAUUUAUCGUGAGAUCGCUUCCGUCGUUAAGUGAGUCGCCCGGUUGUUGAGUGAAUCCAGCUUCCCUGUUGACUUUGCUGGACAGGAGGUCGUAACAGGAAAUCGUGUGACACCCUCCCCCCUUCCGGGACAUUGUGACCGUCGUAAAUAGGAAUCGCUUGUCGAGCAUUUCAAAUGCAGAUCAUGUGACCACAGAGAGGUGGUGACCUUCGCAAAUGUGUCUUUUUUUAAGUACCUUUCAACGGUCGCUAAAAGAAUUGUUGUAAGUUGAGGACUAUCUCUGCAGGUAGGCCCCAAAUUAAUGACCACAAUUGAGCACAACCU